AUGGCGCAGAAGAAACCCGCCAGUGAAAACUCCUUCGAUCGGCUCAUAGCGUUGAUCGCGGCCGACAUGGGAACGAUGGGAGUGAACGUUUUAGAUCCCAACUGGAAGCCGUCCUUUCCCGUCCUGGUAACGCUGGUGCUGUGCAUUUUCCAACCGUACCUGAGCGUGGUGUCGCUGGUGAAGUACCGGGACAGUAUCGAGCAGUUGGCCGAGGUGUUGUCGACUACGAUGACCUACAUACAGUUGAUGGGCCGCAGCCAGUUCUACGCGUUCAAGUUCCAGCGCGAGUGGUGUUGCUCGAUGGUGCAGAACAUCCGCCAGCAGCGGGCCCUAUUCGGUGCCAAAGACAACUCCGCCAUCGAGGAGCUGUUUGAUCGGUCCGAACGACGGCUGCUGAUCCUGUACCGGGUGCUCUACUGGAUUUACAUCGCCACGAUGCUGUCGUUCCUAACGGUGACACUAGUCUAUCCCGAUCCGAGGAAGUACAAUCUGCUGCUGGCUUUCCAGUUUCCGUUUCUACCGGUGGAGCAGCCACUCUGGUGGUACUUUACCUACCUCUAUCAGUGUGCAAUGUUUUGGAACACCAUCCACAUGUUGAUAACGAUCGACGGGAUCAUGGUGAUGUCGCUGACGAGCGUACGGUCGCGGAUCAGCGCCCUAAAGCUGAUGCUCCGUACGCUGGACGAGAAAAUCCUGGCCGCCCCGUGGCAGCGCACCGAGCAUCUGGAGCCGGAGCUCCACCGGAUCAUCGAGCUGCACGUAUCGAUCAAGCAGUUCAUGAAGGACUUGACCGGCUCGUUCAAGGUGCACUUUUUCCUCAUCUUCGGCACGGGAUGCCUCGAGAUCUGCACCCUGCUCAGCAUGAUCGCGAUCGAGCCCCGGACCCCCAUCUAUCCGUACCUGGCGGCGACAACGUCGCAGCUGUUUGUGAUGUGCUUUUUCGGCAACCUUCUGCUGAUCGAGAACGACGGGCUGGCCGACUGCGUCUACUGCAUCCACUGGUACCGGCUGUCGGUACGCCAGCAGAAGAAGAUCAAGUUCAUCAUCGCUAACGCUCAGCCGGAGAUGAAGGCGAAUGCCAUCCUAAUGCCGGUGACGAUGGCCUCGUUCGUGACGGUUGUCCGCGCAGGGUACUCCUAUUUUGCCAUCUUGCAGAGAACUCAUCGACACGACUAG